AUGGACUUAGCAGAAGAGCUUCCAGCGGACUCUGCAGCCUCCGACGGCGGCCACCGCCACCAAGCACGGCGGACGAUAUGCUCCGCCGGUUGCGGUCGUCCUAUAAACGUGUGCCUCUGCCACGCCCUCCCUUCCUCGCCGCUCGCGACGGCCACAAAAGUCGUGAUUCUUCACCAUCCGCACGAGAGCAAGCAUAAGCUUGCAACGGUUCCUCUCCUGUCGAAAUGCCUUCAGAACUGCGAAAUCGUCGUCGGACGCAAGCUGAAGUACGGUCAAUCGAAGCUUCUCGAUUCUCUUCAUGAUCAUGCCUGCGAAAACCGCAAUUCGCCUCUCAAUCGAGUUGUUUAUCUCUUCCCUGGCCCAGAUGCUUUGCCAGUUGCUGAAGUUGUCAAUCAAGGAAACAACUCUCUCGGCGACACAGCCAUGUCUGGUAUCAUCCUGAUUGUUUUUGACGGAACUUGGAAGCACGCAAAGGAAAUGGUGGUUGCAAGUUCACCAUUUUUAUCAAAGUUUGCCAUUCAAGCUUGUUUGGAUUUUGAUGUUGAGGUUGGUGGAGGGACUAUUUUUGAUUCAGAAUUGAUUCUAAGGAAAGAGCCAUUUGGUGGAUGUAUGAGUACAAUGGAGGCAGUUGCCAGGUGUCUAAGAAUCCUCGAGCCAAAUGGGAUUGACAUCGAGUCGACUCUAAUCAAUGUCUUGAAAGCUAUGGUUAAUUUUCAGGCUUGUUUCUUGAAGCCCUUGAAGCCAAGAAGACACCUAAUGCAAAAUCAUGGCUGA